GUGUGGGGAACUGUACUUCAGUCUACCCGUCUCCGACGCCAAGGGCGUCAUGAACCGCGAGAGUUUCGCGGCGGGCGAGCGGCUGGUGUCACCGGCUUAUGUGCGGCAGGGCUGUGAGGCCCGCCACUCUCACGAGCACCUCAUACGGCUGCUUCUGGAGAAGGGCAAGUGUCCAGAAGAUGGUUGGGAUGAAAGUACUCUUGAACUCUUUUUACAUGAGCUUGCUGUCAUGGAUAGCAACAAUUUCUUGGGCAAUUGUGGUGUGGGAGAAAGGGAAGGGAGAGUGGCAUCUGCGUUAGUUGCUCGUCGUCAUUACAGGCUCAUUCAUGGGAUUGGACGAUCGGGGGAUAUUUCUGCUGUGCAACCAAAAGCUGCAGGCUCUAGCCUUUUGAACAAGAUUACUAAUUCUUUGGUCCUGGACAUCAUAAAGUUGGCUGGUGUGCACACAGUGGCCAAUUGCUUUGUAGUUCCUAUGGCAACUGGUAUGAGUCUAACUCUGUGUUUCUUAACAUUACGACACAGAAGACCAAAGGCAAAGUAUAUCAUAUGGCCACGAAUAGACCAGAAAUCCUGUUUUAAAUCCAUGAUCACCGCAGGUUUUGAGCCGGUGGUGAUAGAAAACGUGUUGGAGGGUGAUGAGCUGCGCACAGACCUGAAAGCCGUGGAGGCUAAAGUCCAGGAACUUGGGCCUGAUAGUGUUCUGUGUGUUCAUUCUACUACAUCCUGUUUUGCUCCAAGGGUGCCUGAUAGAUUAGAAGAGCUGGCUGUGAUUUGUGCUAAUUAUGACAUUCCACAUAUAGUCAACAAUGCCUAUGGAGUGCAGUCUUCAAAGUGCAUGCAUCUUAUUCAGCAGGGUGCUCGGGUUGGUAGAAUAGAUGCUUUCGUUCAGAGCUUGGACAAAAAUUUUAUGGUCCCAGUAGGUGGCGCUAUAAUUGCUGGCUUUAAUGAUACCUUCAUACAGGAAAUCAGCAAGAUGUAUCCAGGAAGAGCUUCAGCUUCACCUUCUUUAGAUGUCCUUAUUACUUUGUUAUCACUUGGAUCAAAUGGCUAUAAGAGGCUGUUAAAAGAAAGAAAGGAAAUGUUUUCAUAUUUGUCCAGUCAACUAAAGAAGUUGUCAGAAGCCUACAGUGAAAGAUUAUUGCAGACACCUCACAAUCCCAUUUCAUUAGCUGUGACACUUAAGACACUAGAUGAACACCAGGAUAGAGCUGUCACUCAGCUUGGCUCAAUGCUUUUUACCAGACAGGUUUCUGGAGCCAGGGUUGUGCCUCUUGGGUCUGUGCAAACUGUGAGUGGCUACACUUUCAGUGGCUUUAUGUCCCAUACAGAUAAUUACCCUUGUGCUUACCUCAAUGCUGCAGCAGCCAUCGGAAUGAAGAUACAGGAUGUGGACUUGUUCAUAAAAAGACUUGACAGAUGUUUAAAGACACUAAGGAAAGAAGGAAAGAAGGACAGCGAUGUAUCUGUAGUUGACAAUUAUGACAAAACUAAAGAUGUGGAUAUUGAAGAAAUGGCUUUAAAACUAGAUAAUGUACUUCUUGAUACGUAUCAGGAUACUUCUUCAUGAUGUGUGAGAUGUUUCUUUUUGAUAAUUUGAAAGAAAUGGUAUGGCUACAGUACAUAAAGGCAGUUUAAAGAAAGGAACUGAAAUUUUUGAAUUGAGAAUUUUAUAGAGAAUAUUCAGUUGAGGACUAGACUGUGGUCUGAGUUAGCUCUUGAUGGUUGCUGUUUUUUAUUUUUAGACUGCCUCAAUCUUUUUGAUUCUUGACAGGUUAAAAUAUGCAAUUAGCAUUUUUCUAAUUGUUAGAAUAUUUGUCAAUUAAGCAUCAUGGUUCAGAUAAUUCAUAGAAAUAUAAUCACUGUAAAAUCACCUCUAA